CUCCGCAACCGCAAGCCACCAGCAAAGCACGAAUCGCCGGUGACGGAGAGUCAAAUCGAUCACUCGUUUCCUUUCCUUCCCAUUCACGUCGCUUCCCCUCCACCACUUCCAUAGAUUUCUUACCUACUCAACUCAAACCCCAUUUUUUUUUAUUCUUCUUUCUAUUCAUAUCUAUCUCCGAGAAAAAGAAAAAAAAAUUCCCCAAACUCCCAAUCCGGCGGCUCCUCCGCCAGUUUCCUCGCCGGAAUCCGCUUCCCCAACGAAAUACUCACCUGAUCUCUCCCUCCCACUCCCUCUUCUUAUCCAGUUUCACGGGGGGGAAGCAGAAGGCAGGGAAUGAACGAGGUUUCUUUCCUCCUGCUGCUGCCACCGCCAAUGCUUACUCCUUGCUGACCAGAUUAGGGCGGGAGGCGAGAUGGCUCAGUACAGGCAAUCGGGUCAGCAUUACUCCAACGGCGGCACCGCGGCGGAUCACGUCUCCAUUGGGGUUCGGGCGUCUUCCUCGCAGCAGCAGCUCCUGCAGCACAAGCCCGGGGGUCGGGUCCGCCGAUCUGGUCGAUCCGAUAAGAGCAGGUCCGGCAGCUUCUCCAUUGGCGCCGUGAUUGUUUUCCUCUGCCUGGUGCUUGUGGUCACUGGGCUGGCGUAUAAUUACUUGUCUGCUGAGGAUAAAGGUGUUGGUAAUGAAAUAGAUGAUCCUCGUGUAGAAGAUGACGAUAUGAAGAGUGACCUUGAUUUUCUUACAAAUGUGACACGUACUGAUUCGGUUAAAGUCCUUGAGUUUGGUAAAGGUUCGGUAUCGCAUGGCAGAGAUUCUAGGUACUGGGAUAAGGACGAUAGGAGAAGGGAUGAUGAUUAUGAUGAAGAUGAUGUAGCGCAUACAGGCAAGGGUUCUACUGGUGGAUCUGCUCAUGAGGAACACAAUCAAGCUAGCUCGAAUGUCAAGCCGAAAACAUCCCAGAGUGUUGAUUCUAAGGGGUUGGAUAAAAAAGGAUCUGGGUUGUACAAUGAAAAUGGGCGUAAAGAACUGAUAAAGUAUGAAGCACAGUAUGAGGCUUCGAUAAGGAGUGUGGGGCAAUCGACAGCUCAAAAUGGUGGAAGAAGUCAGUUACUUGAGGAUGAUGAUCUGGAAGAGCAGAAUGAGGCUGGUGAUAGUGAUAACGAAUAUGACGAUGGUAUCGAUUCUCAUGAUUCUCGUGGAAAUGGGCGCCACUCUGAUGAAUUCACCAGAGAGUCUUCUAAUGUUUUCCCUGCUAAAGGUAAGGAUCAACUCUUUGGCAAAGAGAUUAAGGAAACUUCUCAGGGUACAUCUGAUAAGGGGUCGAGAUCAAGUUCUGUAGUAGUCAAUACUGAUUCAAAUCCUCAGCAUGCAAAUGGAAAUGGACAGAGUUCGAGUAAAUCAAGGUCUGAUUCGAAGAAAAGGCCAAGGCGACGCAAAUUUUCUGGGUCCUGUGAGAUGAAGUUUCUGAACUCUACUACUCAACUUGUGGAGCCUUUUGAAAAUAGAAAGUUCUCAAGAUUUUCCCUCCAAUAUGCUGACAUGGAGGAAAAUCCUGGAGGAGAGGCACUUUGGGAACCUAGAUUUGCAGGCCAUCAGAGCCUAGAAGAAAGGGAGGAAUCUUUUUCAGCACGUGAUCAGAAAAUAAAAUGUGGUUUUGUCAAAGGUCCUGAAGGCUAUCCGAGUACAGGAUUUGAUCUGUCAGAAGAUGAUGCAAACUAUAUCAGUAGAUGCCACAUUGCUGUCAUCUCUUGCAUCUUUGGAAAUUCGGAUCGCCUAAGGUCACCUUUCAGCAAGGCGGUCACUCGUUUGUCAAGGAAAAAUGUUUGCUUUGUCAUGUUUGUGGACGAAGCUACAUUGCAGACACUAUCUUCUGAGGGCAAUAUGCCAGACACGGCAGGAUUUGUUGGUCUGUGGAAGGUUGUACUGGUGAAGAAUUUACCUUAUACUGAUAUGCGGAGGGUUGGUAAAAUACCGAAAUUAUUGCCACACAGGCUGUUCCCUUCUGCGAGAUAUUCAAUCUGGUUGGAUAGCAAGUUACGCCUACAACUUGAUCCUCUUUUGGUCCUGGAGUAUCUAUUAUGGCGAAAAGGUCAUGAGUAUGCCAUUUCCAAUCAUUAUGAUCGCCAUUGUGUGUGGGAAGAGGUUGUACAGAAUAAAAGGCUGAACAAGUACAAUCACACUGUAAUAGACGAACAAUUCGCCUUCUACCAAUCAGAUGGGCUGACGAAAUUCGAUCCCUCUGAUCCUAACAAGCUUCUUCCGAGCAAUGUACCUGAAGGAUCAUUAAUCGUGAGAGCACACACCCCCAUGUCGAAUCUGUUCUCCUGUCUAUGGUACAAUGAGGUUGAGCGUUUUACUCCCCGUGACCAGCUGAGCUUUGCCUAUACGUACCAGAAGUUGAGAAAGAUGAAUCCCAGCAAACCGUUUUACUUCCAUAUGUUCAAGGAUUGUGAAAGGAGAGCCAUAGCUAAGUUGUUUCGUCACAGAACAGAAGAGAAGCGACUUGGGAGUGAAGCCAGGAGAUGAAAAUGUGAGUUCAUAUUUGCUCUUUCUUUGUAGAAUGAAAUGCCUGUUUUUGUACAUUAUCCACGUCUUAGAAAGUCGACAUAUGUUGUGACGACUGCAUGACCCAACAAACAUUUUUCGAGCAAGUCGAUGAUGAUAAGGGAAAAGGAAUACAUAUCCAAGGCUGAGAGAGAAAGUAGAUAUUCAAGUUAGUUGGGUGGGUUGCAAGGGCAAGAGGCCAUUGCUACUGCAAUUCCAUCAUGUUUUCCCCAUUCCUCCUAUUCCCCUUCCUUACAAGAACAUACUCUCCCUUUGCUUUACCUUUCCACUUCUAAACCGGUGUCGGUGCCCCCAGUAGGGGAUGCAAAAGCCAGGGUGUUGAUUGUAACAAAUUUUGAUGGAGAAACUUACUACGCAUCUGUAAGAUAACAUUCGUUCUGUACUGGGAGUACUGUAUUGAGUUAUCGAGCAUUACUUUGUGCACUGCUUUGUUUAACGGUCUGAACUUUGCGCGGAUAGCAGCUGUUCGGUCAUUUCCUGAUGUGUUCUGUAGAUGAUUUAUGAGCAAAGGUAGGCUGUACCUUUUUAUGUAUGGUGGCAUGAAGUUGGAACAUGUCGACCCGAUUCUUCAUUUUGGAUGGUUUUGAGAUGUCCUUGUUUGCUUGUGUUUUUCAGCUUUAAUUCCGAAUCUAGCUAAGCCUUUUGCUUCAGAUAAGAUGUUGAGUGUGUUGUAGUGGAUCCCAGGUUUAUGUUUCGAUGUAAUAUAUGUGAUUAGUCCAGUGACAGGGACCGAAAUGUUUUUGGUCAUUUUGAUGUUGGACCAUUCUUUGGCUAGUG